AGGAGGAGGAGGAGGAGGAGUGGGAGACAAGGCUGGGAUGAUCAUCUGGUUGGGCUCCUUCAUGUGCACGCACAUGAACACACACCUCUCUCAAACACUCUCUCCCGUGUGCUCAGACAUCUCCCUGCCUCGGAUAUGGGCCGCUCCUGUGCUGACGGCUCUGACAGAGAAGUCUGACUGCUCCUGUCCCGUCCUGGAACUAAGGCUCAAAGGAUCUCGUGUAGAUAUGAAGCCCAGAGGCUUGAGAAGAAUCUAAGUCUGGAUAUAGCUGUGAUUAGAUCUUUGGUUUUCCGCUCGCCUCAGGACAGUUGACCCACACUGAGUUAAAGGAGAGUCUCAUGAGCCUGGCGAGUGCAGCGGGGCCCGUGGCCAGCUUCCAGGGUGGAGCGCGCCAGCGAGACUUCGUGAUGGAGCAGAAAGUCAGCAAGUUAACCUCUGGCUUCCAACGCAGCUCCACGUCCGACGACGACUCAGGCUGUGCGCUGGAGGAGUAUGCCUGGGUACCACCUGGCCUCAGACCUGAACAGGUACAACUGUAUUUCUCCUGUCUACCUGAGGAUAAAGUCCCCUACGUCAACAGCCCCGGAGAGAAGUUCAGGAUCAAGCAGCUCCUCUACCAACUGCCACCACAUGAUAAUGAGAUUCGGUAUUGCCAGUCCCUCAGCGAAGAGGAGAAGAAGGAGUUGCAUAUGUUCAGUGUCCAAAGGAAGAAGGAAGCUCUGGGAAGGGGAACAAUCAAACUCCUGCCCCGUAAUCUUCUGAACAGUGUUUGCGAACAUUGUGGAGAAAACUUCAAUGGUGGGGAAAUGGCGGUGUUUGCCUCAAGGGCGAGUCCUGGGCUCUGCUGGCACCCGACGUGUUUUGCCUGCUCCACAUGCAGCGAGCUUCUGGUGGAUUUGAUCUAUUUCUACCAUGAUGGAAAGAUUCACUGCGGAAGACACCAUGCUGAGCUCCUCAAACCACGCUGCUCUGCCUGCGAUGAGAUAAUCUUCGCCGAUGAGUGCACUGAGGCAGAGGGGCGCCACUGGCACAUGAAGCACUUUGCUUGUUUUGAAUGUGAAACAAUUCUGGGGGGCCAACGAUACAUCAUGAAGGACGGCAGACCAUACUGUUGUGGCUGUUUUGAAUCUCUCUAUGCAGAAUACUGUGAGGCCUGUGGGGAACACAUCGGAGUUGAUCAUGCUCAGAUGACGUACGACGGGCUCCACUGGCAUGCUACGGAAGCCUGUUUCAGUUGUGCUCAUUGCAAGAGCUCUCUACUUGGUUGCCCCUUCCUGCCACAUCAGGGUCAUAUCUACUGCUCUAAAGCCUGCAGUCUUGGAGAGGAUGUGCAUGCGUCAGACUCCUCCGACUCUGCGUUCCAGUCCGCGCGGUCGCGUGAAUCCCGCCGUAGUGUGCGCAUGGGCAAGAGCAGUCGCUCAGCGGACCAGUGCCGCCAGUCGCUCCUCUUCUCCCCUUCUGUCAACUACAAGUUCCCUGGCUUCAGUGGGAACCCCGAUGACACUCUGACCAACAAGCUGACCCACAUGAACUUAGCAGAUGAGCACUUCUGGAGGGGAAGAGCCGAGGAGGCCGAGGCACCCGAAGAACCCGAGGAGGAGUGGGCUGAGCAUGAAGACUACAUGACUCAGCUGCUUUUAAAGUUUGGGGAACAUGGGGUCUUCCAGCAAAGCAAUGACUCUCGACCUACAGAUUUAUGGAUUGCUGAAAAGGAAACCAAGUUAAAGCAGGAGACCUCAAAAAGUGGUAGUGGUGGUGGCAGUGGGAGGGGCAGCCUGGCCAGUAAGAAAUACCAGGCUGACAUGUACUGGGCACAAUCGCAAGAUGGACUUGGAGACUCUGCCUAUGGGAGCCAUCCUGGCCCAGCAAGUAGCAGAAAAAUCCAGGACUUGGAGCUCGACCAUGGGGCUGAAGGAGGUUUUCAGGGAGAGGAGCCACAGUGGUACACUGACUCUUUGGAGUGUAUUACUGAUGAAUUGAAAAAGACCGAUCACAGCGUUCGAGACUCCAUGGACUCGCUUGCUCUCUCCAAUAUUACCGGGGCUUCAGUAGAUGGUGAUGGCAAGGAUAGAUCUUUGACAUAUUCCUUGCAAGGCUAUCAUGACCUAGAGACAGAAGAAUGUGAGAAAACCAGCAAUAUGGGAACCCUUAACUCAUCAAUGCUACACAGGAGUGCAAAUUCCCUCAAGAGUCUUGCAUCUGAACAAGAGGAGGAGGCCGAAGAGAAUAUCCCUGAGGAAGAGGAAGCACUCGAGGACAGACCCAAACCUCACGUUCCUGCUCUCAGGAGGACGCGCUCGCAGUCUAGACCCCAGCAGGUCAAGUUCUCCGACGACGUGGUGGACAACGGACAUUAUGGAGAUCUCCCAGUGCGUCAGCCUCCUAUGAGUGAACGAACUCGUCGGAGAGUGUACCACUUCGAGGAGCAAGGCCAGGAGCUUCAGUCAAGCCGCCAUCAUCAUCAUCACCAUAGGAGACGCAGAAGCCGCAAGUCUCGUUCUGACAACGCUUUGAACCUUCUGCCCAAGGAGAGGGUUCAGAUGUGUUACAAAUUAGACCACAGAGGCCACGCCCCCGGUCCCAAGGGCCACAAUGCCUUCCACGGUCACCCGCAUCCUGCUACCUCGUCAGACUACAGGCUCCAGGGUCCACCAAUGGGCCAGUUCUUGGGCAUGUAUGGUGAUGAUGAUGACUGGUGUUCCACAUGUUCUUCUUCAUCCUCUGAUUCUGAAGAGGAGGGCUUCUUCCUGGGCCAGCCCAUCCCUCAGCCCAGGCCCCACAGACACUACUACACUGAUGACCUGCCUAGUGCUGUUGCAGGCAUGUCCUCAGCUCCGUACGGCCAAUGGACCAAGUCCAAGAAGAAAAAAGGCCACAAGGGGAAAAACUGCAUUAUUUCAUAGGCUUUACACUCCUGAGCUUUGGGUAAUGCUCUGACUCUUACCUCGUUCUCCUACACUCAGUGUUUGCAUUACAGUAAUGGUCUACUUGCUAUUAAUUGUUUCCCAGCACUCAACUUAUCAAGGUAGUUGUGUAAGACACAAGUCCGUAUUCUCACAAUUCAUAAUGUAUGCUUCUGUAACAUUACAAACUGCCGGUGAAGUAUUUCAGGUUAUUGCAUAUUUAUGGAGCACAAUUUAAAACGUGUUUAUUUAACAGUGCAUAAUGUGUAUAUAAUGUAAAGUUAAAGCAA